CCGAGCCGUGCCCAGCCCCGGCACCGCCAGGGCUCCGCCGGGGCCGCGCAGCCAUGGAGGGCGAGGCCAACGGGACCCUGCACCCGUCCUGCGGCUCCAGCGAGCCGCCCUACUCGGAGGAGCUUCUCCGGAGCCUUGACCUACCAGGGAGAUUUCUCUUUGCAACCUUGACUCUGAUGACGCUCAUUGCCAUUCUGGUGUUUAUAGAGGAAGCAGUCUACAUCUACAGGAAAAUCCCCUCCUCCAAAAGAUCAAUCAUAAUUUGGAUUAAUGCUGCAGCUCCAGUGAUCUCUACUACUUCAUGCAUUGGCAUGUGGGUUCCUCGCUCAACAAUGUUUACAGAUUUCACAGCAGGAAUAUUUUUUUCCAUAGUUAUCCACAAGUUCCUGAUGAUGAUGAUUAAAGAGUGUGGAGGGCAGAAGGUGCUCCUCAGACGGUUUGAGAAUGGUCACUUCACCAUCACCACCGGCCCCUGCUGCUGCUGCUGCCUCUGCCUCCCCCGUGUGCCCAUCACCAGGCAAACCCUCUUUUGGCUGAAGCUGGGCACCUUUCAGUUUGCUGUCUUUCGGCCUGUGCUCAUAUUUUUAUCAAUAGUGCUUUGGACUAAUGGCAAUUACGUUCUUUACAAUCUGUCUCCCAAAGGACCUGCGCUGUGGAUCAGCUGCUUCAUUGGUGCCCUCACCCUUUUUGCUCUGUGGGCAGUAGGAAUCAUGUUUCGAAAAGUUAGGAUUCUCCUUAAGUGUAAGAACAUUAUCCCAAAGUUUGCUCUUUAUCAGUUUAUUGUCAUUCUGAACCACCUGCAGACCACUAUUAUCAACAUAUUCGCUACACAAAAAAUCAUUCCCUGUGCUCCACCACUCUCCUCUACAGCAAGAGGAUCAUACAUUGCCCAGCAGCUGCUCAUCAUGGAAAUGUUUCUGAUAACUGUAAUCUCCAGGAUGGUCUAUCGGAGAAAAUACCAUGACCUGGAGCCUCCAGAGUGUGUGGCUGAAGAACCUGGGGACAAGAAGCAGGCUCCUAAGAUCAUCCUGAAUGGUGCAGCUGUUGAAGAUGCAGUGCCAAAGGUUUAGAAGCCUCCUGUGCUCCUGUUAUGCAGGAGCUGUAAGAUCAGCUUCAGGAACUUGUAUAUUCUUGCACCAAAAAUAGCCACUGUCCAUGUCAGAACAUGGCAUGAAUGCCUGUGAGCUGCAGUACUGAAAGACCAGUAAAGAUAAUCCUGUUGAUUCUCCAGCCAUGUGUGCAUGGUGUGAGGGUUUUGACACCAUGUAAUUUACUAAGAUUUUAUACCAUUUUCUACUGUUACUGAGCACUUGAUGGUGCCAAACUGUCUUACAAUAUGAUUUUUUAAAAAUUAUUUUAGCUAUUAGAAUGGCUACAAUUUAGAGUUAAUUCAGAGUAAUUAUUUUUCAUCUUUUUUGGCUUUUAAAAAAAUCUUAUUUCACCCUGGAUGGAUGUCAUAUGUCCAACACAGCAUUUUUCCAUGCUUCCUCCAUUACAAUAGAUUAUCUCUCAUCUAAACCAUGAGAUUUACUAAUUCUGAUCAGUAAAUAUAGUCUCAUGUUUGUUCUGAAAUCCCCAAACCCAUGUGAACUCUCCACCUACAAAAAGAAUGAUCUCUCCAGGGCAAGAUUUUUUACAUUCCUGUUCAAUUCACCUCCUAAAUUGGUAAAAUACACAAAGUUACUGUUUGUAAAUAUGUCAGGUGUUCUUCCUGUGGACAGCAGGUUCUCUGUCACUGGAAAAGGAAAGUAGGAGUUGGAGUCUGGGAUAUCUUCUGGUCUGUGAUGUGACAUGGUGCUUUGCUAAAUGGGGAUAAUGACACUCAGGAUCCCUGCACUAUCAGUGUCUGUGGGCAUGGGGGUGAUUGGAAGGACUGUUGGGGUGCUGGUCACCAGAGAGCUGAACAUGAGCCAGCUGUGCCCAGGUGGCCAAGAAGGCCAGUGGCACCUGGCCUGGAUCAGCAGGAGUGUGGCCAGCAGGACUGUCCCACUGGUGAGGCCACACUUGCAAUCUUUUGUUCAGGUUUGGGCCCCUUGUGACAAAGAGGGCAUUGAGGUGCUGGAGUGUGUCCAGAGCAGGGCACGAGAACAAAGCUGGGCAGAUGGAGUCACAGGACACUUUGGGUUGGAAGAGACCUUUAAAAGACAUCUAGUCUAAGCUCCUGCAAUGACAUUUUCACCUAGAUCAGGUUGCUCAGAGCCCCAUCCAAUCUGCCCUUGAAUGUUUCCAGGGCCAGAGCACCUGCCACCUCUCUGGGCCACCCAUUCCAUUAUUUUACACCUCUCUCUGCAAAAAUGUCUUCCUUAUAUGUACUCUAAAUCUAUGCUGUUGUAGUUUUUAACCUUUAUCCCUUGUCCUGCUGCAACAGGCCCUGCUAAAAAGGGUGUCCCCAUGUUUCUGGCAGUCCCCUUUAGGUACUGGAAGGCCACAGUAGAGGUGGCCUCUUCCCAGAGCCUUCUGUUCUCCAGGCUGAACAGUCCCAUGUCCCUCAGCCUGUCUUCAGAGGCUGAAGUGCUCCAGCCCUCUCAUCAUUUCGUGGCCCUUCUCUGGACUCACUCCAACACACAGCAGGCUUUAUUUAUGGCUCACAUUGAAUUGAAACAUUGCAUUCAGUUUGGGAAUUGGUGGGAAAUGAAAUAUACUGAAAAUAACUAGUGAACCACCUGAAGUAGAAAUUGGGGCUGACUUAAAAUGUUUUCUUCUUUCUGAUUGAGGUCAGAAACAAUAUUUUCUUUAACAACUGAAGGAUUCCAUUAUAGUAGAAAACAUGAAUUAUUUUUGGUUUGAAAUGGUUGAUGCAAUUUUUAUAUUUAAUUUUUUUUUCUAAGUAGACAGUCUUGGACUGCAUUAAUUUGAGAGAAUUUGCACUUUUCCCUUGAAAAAUAAUUUAUGUGAAAAUUUUUACUCUGCAUUAGAGUGAGUGCAUUAGA